UUAUAGGACAGUUGCGGAGGCUCGUUCAUUCUGCGUGACUUGUCGGAGUAAAAACUCCCCCUGAUGCAAGUGAAGAUGCCUAGAUUUCAGAACUGUGCCGUGACUUGCUGAACACCUUUUCCAUUUGCCUUCCAACUAUGUUUUAGAGUUAGUCUUGCCCUAAGCCUGGUAUCAAAAUAGAAUAGAUAAAAAAUCAAAUACUGGUGGAAGUAGCUUGGCGUUUUCAUCCUGCCACUGGUAGGCGCCGCAUGCAAAGCCUCCCUUUCGAAAGUGUGCCUGGUAUGGACUGGAAAACCAAUUGUCCAGGUGUGACUAGUAAGCAGUUAUUCGGCCCUGUCGGUGGAGAUGAUCGCGCUCCUGGCUGAACCCGGGGUGAUUACAAACCAAAACGACCUGCGUGCUGAGUUUGAGGAUUGCAAUAUCGUUUUUUGCAAUAGCGUAGUGCCCCUGCUGCCCCCUUUUGCUCUUUGCGGCCGGCUCUGGCUAUCCAGGGACUCGGUGUCCCAGGGCCUCGGACUUCCAAACUUUUUCUUUGCGCUUAGUGACUAGAGGGGAGGAGUCGGCCUUGAAACAAAGCAGCCCCCCCCCCGCCCCCGCCGCGUUUAAUAGAGACCCGGUAUGUGGGAGGGAAAUGGACAGGGCGAGCAGGGAGACUGUCUCACAUCCACACAUAAAAGCGGGAAUGAAAGGGCGCAGCAGGAGCUGCCCGCUCCUUUCAGCACCGCAGUCCCCGGACAGGGCAAAGCGCGAGCACUGCCAAACUCAGCGCCUGGGCCAAGCGGUAGCUGCCCUGCCCGCCGCUUCUCCUUCGCAAUUCGGUGUCUGUUAAGUCCUCCUCCCGUUUUCAGACUCUUGCUGCGUAGCGUCCCGGAGCAGAGAGGGCAGCUCCCUGCCGGCCGAUGGUGAACAUGUCCAAGGGCCCCCUCGAAGACUCGGACUGCGUGUGCUCCUACGGGAUGAAGCUAACGUGGGAUAUCAAUGACCCCAAAUUGCCCCAGGAGCCCAAGCACUUUGAUGGCUUCCAGGAGUGGCCAGAUGGCUAUGUGCGAUUUAUCUACACUGUUGAGGAAAAGAACGCACAGCGGCAUCUCAGCGGCUGGGCCAUGCGCAACACCAAUAACCACAACUGCCAGAUCCUCAAGAAGUCCUGCCUUGGAGUGGUGAUUUGUGCCAGGAACUGCACGCUGCCGGAUGGUACCAGGCUGCAGCUCCGACCUGCUAUCUGUGACAAGGCCCGCCAGAAGCAACAAAAGAAAGCUUGUCCAAACUGUAACUCAGCCCUAGAGAUAAUUCCUUGCCGGGGACACAGUGGCUACCCAGUCACUAACUUUUGGAGGCUUGAUGGCAAGGCAAUAUUUUUCCAGGCCAAAGGAGUCCAUGACCACCCUAGACCAGAGAGUAAAUCGGAGACAGAGGCAAGAAGAAGUGCCAUUAAGAAACAAGUGUCCUCUUCUCACCUUUCCCAGAAAAAAAGACUUAUAGACUCGGAGACAAGAAGGUAUCAUGAUAGCAGUGGUCAUUUCAACAACAUUCAUCAUUUGUCAUGCAUGGAAGGCCCAGAAAAAUUCAGUAUUAUUACAGACACCAGCUUCCCAAUUCCAGCUCAACCUUACCCUGAAUUUCAAAACACAGACCCUUACAAAGCUACUUAUGACUCAGCCAGCCUCCAAGGGGACAUGGCAUCACCAUUCCAAAAGUGUCCUAAUCCAAGAAUCUUUCUACCUAGGCCGGGGGGCUAUGAAUUUGAAGUUCCUAGUUAUAUAAGUUCUAGCUCAUAUCCAACAUUUUACAAAGAUUUGGCAAAUACCCCAGUGGAUACAGACCCCCUUAAUUUGACUGGACUUCAGUAUAAUGGUAAUUCAUGGAAUGCCCAUGAUAAGAACUUUGAUAGUGGACAUCAUGGGCUGAAACACAUUUUGGGGAAAACUGGUUAUGGAGAUAGGAGUGACUAUGGACAGAUUCAAGCAAAUGCUAAUCCCCCUUACUACAGUGGGGAGUAUCCUUGCAGGUACAGUAGCAAUCCCUCUCCAGCUGCCACAGCUUUACAAACUGUUAUCACUACAACUACUAAAGUAUCUUACCAGGCCUACAAGCCCUCUGUGGUGAAGUACUGUGACAACAUGUGUGAUGUAAAAAAUCCUCAGAACUGUACCCAUACAGCAGAAAACAUCUCAGGAACAGUUUAUCCAGGGAUAAAGAUUCAAGAAGACUGUAGUGUGGUCAAACCGGCUUUGUUUUACCAGCACGAUCCAGUUCCCACAAAGUCAGAACAAGGGGAGACUGUGGAUACAUAUCAGUAUGGGCCAAACCCAGGAAACAGCUGCUCUGAGCAUGAAGGACAGUCAUUCAGAUUUGAGAGUGGUGAAUACUAAAUGCCAUGUGUUUUAAUACUAAUCAUGUGACUACUAAACCCUGGUGAUUGGGAGUUAGGGUGAUCCGGUAGCAAGUGUGAAAAUCAGGACAUUUUUUUCAGGGUGUGUAGGAGUGUAUAUAAGACAAAGCCCCAAUAUUGGGACAGUACUGAUAACAUGGUGAUGUUUGGUCAUGCAAUGGGCAGUUUGAGGAUUGGCAAGCAAGCAAAACAUUAGGACAAUUUACUUAGUCGUGACAUAUGCCUUUGUGGAGAUCUGCUGAAUGUCUCAGGUCCUAUCCAUGCACAAAAGUUCAAAUCAGUCCCUUCUAGUCUCUUACAUGGUGUGAUAGUGAGGCCUAGUCCAAAAUAUGGCCCCACACUGAGCCAGGUCAGGGUUAAUGAUCUUUGGAGAGAGAGACUUAAUAAACCCCCUUCACAAUAGCUGCCAAAAACGCCAAGCCCUGAGAGAGGGCCCUUCAUCUGUGACUAAUAAUCAACAGGUAAGAAGAAAUAAGAAUGGAGGGGACUCGGUUUAUGAGGCCUGAAGACUGCCGCCAGCUGGUGAGAGGAAAGACAAUGGGAGGUUGGGUUCCUCAAAGAAGGAGAGAAUCUCUCAGUAGUAUGUUUGCCGAUAUGGUGAGUAAGAAAGACUAGCUUAGGCUUUUUUGAAGUAAGGGGAAAGCCUAGCGAUGUCCUGUAUGUUCCUCUUUGCUUCCCUGUAUCAAGUCUAAAGGCUGUCCCGUCCUCCCACCAGAAAAGGAAGACCUAGAGAUGGACUAGAUCACUGGUUUUCAACCUGUGGUCUGCAGACACCUAGGGGUCCGCAGAGUAUGUCUAAGAUUUCCAAAGGGGUCUGCACCUCCAAUCAAAAUUUUUUAGGGGUCCACAAAUGAAAAAAAGUUGAAAACCACUGGACUAGAUGACCUUUGGGACUGACCCCAGUCAAUACCUGGCUUGGAGGCAAUAA